UUCUUCUAGUACGUACGCAGUGGUAUAGCGUCCGUAAAUUUUCUACUUAAAUUGAAGUUUUCUCAGCUACAAAAAACAAAAUCGUUUGCCAAAAAUGCGUCCUCGCAAAACGACAAAGCCAGUAUUUGAAGUUGGAGAUUUCGUGUUUGCGAAACUGCGUGGAUAUCGUGCCUGGCCAGCACGCAUCCUUCAGCGAUAUUCGACUGGCAAUUAUAAUGUGUUUUUCUAUGGAACUUGCAACUACGCCCGGGUUCCACGCAAACAAGUCUUCGAUUUCGAGAGCAGCCUGAACCGACUGGGCGCAGUGCCAGCUAAGCAUGUGGGCAGUAACGCCUCCUUUCGGGGUGCUAUGCGCCACGCCCGGAACGCGUUUUCCAACCCGUCGAAGGAUUUCGGAUUUUCUCAGCUUCAGGCCGUUUUGGAAGGCGACUGUGUAAACGCCGAGGACUUGCCCAUGGAGUACGAGGUGGUCACUGACUCGGCAGCCAUUGUUCUCAAGGGAGACUCUCAAACCAAGCGCAAAUCCAUUGAUUUGCCUAUCGAGUCCGAGGUGGAGAAUGAGCCGGACACCGAAGCCGAGAUCUUGACUAUCAAGGAGGAGGAGGAGAAUGAUCCGAUUGACAUUUUGGGAACGGAGGACACUGAUUCGGAAACGGAUUCCUAUAAGAGUUCGGAGAAGGUAAAUGAGCCGGAAGUAAGUUCAACUUCCGUUGAUAAGGACUCUAAUGAUAAAUUGGACUUCGAGAAAAUCAAAGAAGAGGUGCUGAACAACUUGUUCAAGGAAAACGGGGACGCCGCAGAAUAAUGGAACAUUUUUUUUGAAAAUUUUGACAAGAUUGAAUGUCCAAACACUAAUUUAAGUAUAUUAAUAUUUUUUUUAGAGGCAUAAGCAAAAAGUUUAA